AUGACGACCUCAAAACGUGACGGGCCUCACCAUCGCUGGGUCCGACUUUUGUUCCUCGCGUCAACGUCAACAGCAGCAAUCAUCAGCGUUGGGGGCACUUCGCUCACUCUGUCCAACUUUCAGCUCAUCACCCAACUAAGCGUGCCGCUCGGCUGUCUUUUGACUUACAACAAUCCCAUUCAAGGAUGCACAGCGAGCGACUUCGCCAGCGGCGCCAUCUGCUCCAAGUCAUGUAUACUCGGCCUGGCCCGCAUGCAAGAUAAUUUGAGGGACACUUGUCAGUCGUCUCAAGUGCCCGUCAACACUUUACUAGGCCAGGCUCUGGCUGGAAACCUCGUCAACCUUUUGUGCCCAAACACGAAGCAGACGUCAGCAGCGCCGACCCUGAAGCCGACUUCUACGGUAAUUGUGGUGCCGCCUGUGACUACUGUCAUCCCACCAGUGCCGCCGCCGCCACCGCCGCCGCCAGCAACGACUACUCCAAAAGUUAUUCCUCCACCGGUAACAACACCGGCACCUGUCCCACCGCCAAGCCAGCCUCCCGUUCUUCCUCCUCCGAGCACUAUCGUGCCACCUCUUUCUCAGCCGCCGCCGCCGCCGUUACCUCCACCAGCUCCUGUGCCGACCACUAUUGCAACGUCCACCACAACCAACGACGCGGCGCCGCAGACCACCUCGGCUGAGACAGCGAAGCCUCCGAUCAACCCUCUGGACGCCUUACUUUUGAACGAUGGAACGGACAGGAAGUCAAAGAUCGAGAGAUGGCUACUUUACUCUUUGUGCGUCCUGUCGGUUCUUAUUGGCGCCUGGGCAUCGUAG